AUGCCUGAAAACAGUCAUGAUAGCGUGAUUCCUGCGCAGCUCUCCUUCCUCGCCGUUUACAACCCGACCCUCGGUCCCACCGAUGAGACGGUGGAAGACCAGAUCGUUUUCCACACCUCGAAGGCGGACCACCAACGUACAGAGGACUCUCAGACGAAGGAGGGCGAUGGCAAAAUAUCCGAGAGUGGCAGGAAUGAGAAGUUGCGUCAGAUCGGCCUAGCGCAGGGCAUGGUGAGCUUUGCUAGGUGGGAGCCACUCCAAGGCGUGGGCCCGGAUUCAGCUCAUGUGGUCUUCAAUUAG